AUGAAUCUGUUAAACCACCACCGGGAACCUCUCCCCUUACCACCGGGAACCUCUCCCCUUACCACCGGGAAUCUCUCCCCUUACCAACGGGAACCUCUCCCCUUACCACUGGGAACCUCUCCCCUUACCACUGGGAACCUCUCCCCUUACCACCGGGAACAUCUCUCCUUACCACCGGGAACCUCUCCCCUUACCGCCGGGAACCUCUUCCCUUACCACUGGGAACCUCUCCCCUUACCACCGGGAACCUCUCCCCUUACCACCGGGAACCUCUCCCCUUACCACUGGGGACCUCUCCCCUUACCACCUCUCCCCUUUCCACUGGGAACCUCUGCCCUUACCACCGGGGACCUCUCCCCUUACCACCGGGGACCUCUCCCCUUACCACCGGGAACCUCUCCCCUUACCACUGGGAACCUCUCCUUUUACCACCGGGAACCUCUCCCCUCUCCCCUUACCACUGGGAACCUCUCCCCUUACCACUGGGAACCUCUCCCCUUACCACCGGGAACCUCUCCCCUUACCACUGGGAACCUCUCCCCUUACCACUGUGAACCUCUCCCCUUACCACCGGGAACCUCUCCCCUUACCACUGGGAACCUCUCCCCUUACCACCGGGAACCUCUCCCCUUACCUCCGGGAACCUCUCCCCUUACCGACCGUUGA